GGCAAGAAGAUGAGGUCUAUAUAAAGGCAGCAGCAAAAGCAUACUUGAUAUGCUAACAGAGAAACCAGUGUUUUCUUUUUGUCAAUGCACACUUACAAUUUCUAGCAUAACAAAAAUAAAGGGGUCAUCCAUUUUCCACAGUCAUGGCAGCUUGUCAAGUGGAUGAAAAUGGAUAUGAUGAUGGAUAUACAAAAGAUGGAACAGUGGAUCUCAAAGGCAAUCCUGUUCUUCGAUCCAAGAGAGGUGGAUGGAAAGCUUGUUCCUUCAUUGUUGUUUAUGAAGUGUUCGAACGUAUGGCAUAUUAUGGAAUAUCAUCAAACUUGGUAAUAUACUUAACUGAGAAACUGCACCAAGGCACAGUGAAAUCUUCAAACAAUGUGACAAAUUGGGUGGGCACAAUUUGGAUGACCCCUAUCUUGGGCGCCUACUUUGCUGACGCUUUUCUUGGACGUUAUUGGACUUUCUUGAUUGCCUCUGCUAUUUAUCUCUUGGGUAUGUCUCUACUAACACUAGCUGUAUCAAUCCAUGGCCUAAAGCCUCCUCCUUGUGCCAGUCCAACUGCAGCUAACUGCAAGAAAGCAUCCACACUUCAACUAGCUGUGUUUUUUGGUGCACUCUACACCUUAGCCGUCGGCACCGGCGGCACGAAGCCCAAUAUAUCGACAAUCGGCGCCGAUCAAUUCGACGAGUUUCAUCCAAAAGAAAAAUCUCAAAAACUUUCAUUUUUCAAUUGGUGGAUGUUUAGUAUUUUCUUGGGAACUCUCUUUGCUAACACUGUGCUUGUGUAUAUUCAAGACAAUGUGGGCUGGACUCUUGGGUAUGGGCUUCCAACAGUGGGCCUUGGUAUAUCAAUAAUGAUAUUUUUGGCUGGAUCAUCUUUUUAUAGGCAUAAAAAGCCCAGAGGAAGCCCAUUUACAAGAAUGGCUAAGGUCAUUAUAGCUGCCUUAAGGAAAUGGAAAGUUACAGUCCCUACUGAUCCAAAAGAGUUGUAUGAGCUUGAUUUGGGAGAAUAUACCAAAAAUGGAAAAGUCAGAAUUGACUCCACACCUACAUUGAGGUUUCUGAAUAAAGCUUGUGUGAAAACAGAUACAAAUGAUCCAUGGAUGUUAUGUUCAGUAACUCAAGUGGAAGAAACUAAGCAAAUGCUAAGGAUGAUACCAAUCUUGAUAGCUACAUUCAUUCCAAGCACAAUGAUAGCUCAAAUCAACACACUUUUUGUCAAACAAGGCACAACCCUAAAGAGAAACAUUGGUAAUUUCAGUAUCCCUCCAGCUAGUUUAGGUGCAUUCGUUACCAUAUCGUUGCUAGUCUCCGUUGUGCUCUACGAUCGUUUCUUCAUGAAAAUCGCCAAAAGACUGACGAAAAAUCCAAGAGGUAUAAAUAUACUUCAAAGAAUGGGAAUUGGAAUGGCAUUCCAUAUUCUGAUCAUGUUAGUAGCAUCGUUCGUCGAAAGGCAUAGACUUAGUGUAGCUAAGGAUAAUGGCCUAGUUGAAAAUGGUAAACAAGUACCAUUAUCUAUAUUGAUUUUGCUACCUCAGUUUAUUCUUAUGGGAACAGCUGAUGCAUUUUUGGAAGUAGCUAAGAUUGAGUUCUUUUAUGAUCAAGCACCAGAAGGAAUGAAGAGUUUAGGAACUUCUUAUUCUAUGACAAGUCUUGGAGUUGGGAAUUUCAUUAGUAGUUUCUUGCUUUCAACAGUUUCUGAUAUUACUAAAAAGCAUGGGAAUCACAGAGGAUGGAUCUUAAACAACUUGAAUGCAUCUCAUCUUGACUAUUACUAUGCGUUAUUCGCGGUACUUAACUUAUUGAACUUCAUCUUUUUCUUGUUUGUGAGCAAGUUUUAUGUGUAUAAAGCUGAAGUCUCAGAUUCAUUGGCUGUGCUAAGGCAAGAAUUGGAGAUUGGAUCAAAACAUAGGGUGACUAAUAGCCAAGAAGCUUCAACCAACACACAAAUUUGAUGGUAGGAUAUUAACUAACCUAUUUAGUUAGGUAGUGUACUAUAUAGUUAGGUAAUAUUUGAUGGCGCGGAUCCUCCAAAAUUGGCACAACGCAUGUCGGAUCUUCCGAAAAUGCAUGUCACUUCAGACAUAUCGGAUCCUCCAAAUAUUAUGUAUUUUUGGAGGAUCCGACAUGAGUGCUGCAGCAUUUUUGGAGAAUUCGAUCGUCGUAGCUACAUAGUCCAAUAAUUUUCUUCAUCAUUCUCUCCUGUCUCUUUGUUAUGAUUUUCACACGAUUGUAAUGAUAAUCAGUUAAAUUUAGUUCUUUCGAGGUAUGAAAUGUGUGUA